AUGAGCCACUUCAACUACACGUACGACACCCCCGUCUUCAAGGGCACCGUCGAUUUCCCUACCGGUGUCUUCAUCGGAGGCAAGUUCCAGGAGGGAUCGUCCAAGUCUCAUAUCGACGUCAUCAACCCUACCAACGGCAAAGUCAUCACUUCCGUCGCUGAAGCUACUCGGGAAGACGUCGACACCGCAGUCAAGGUCGCCCACGAAGCUUUCGAGACCGUAUGGGGUCUCAACGCCCCUGGGUCCAAGCGUGCAGCCCUGCUCAACAACCUCGCAAACCUCAUGGAGAAGCACAAGGAUGAGCUCGCUGCCAUUGAAGCUCUCGAUAACGGCAAGACGUUCAGCUGGGCAAAGGCCGCCGAUCUUACGCUCGGUAUCGACACCAUCAAGUACUAUGCCGGCUGGGCCGACAAGAUCCAGGGUAAGGUCAUCGAGACGACGAACGACAAGCUCGCAUACACCCGUCAUGAGCCCAUCGGUGUCGUUGGCCAGAUCUGCGCAUGGAACUUCCCUCUCAUGUUGAUGUGCUGGAAGAUCGGUCCUGCUCUUGCUUGCGGAAACACCAUCGUCUUCAAACCAUCCGAAUUCACUCCUCUCACCGCCCUCCGCAUGGCCUCUCUCAUCAACGAGGCUGGCUUCCCUCCGGGUGUAGUCAACAUUCUCGUCGGCUACGGUCCUACCGUCGGCGAUGCCAUGUCUUCGCAUAUGGAUAUCGAGAAGUUGUCCUUCACCGGUUCGACUUUGGUUGGGAGGAAGAUCAUGGAGAGGGCGGCGCAGACGAACUUGAAGGAUGUUACGCUCGAACUUGGGGGAAAGAGUCCGAAUAUCAUCUUCAACGAUGCGGAUUUGGAUCUCGCGAUCGACUGGAGCUCGCACGGUAUCUUCUGGAAUCACGGUCAGGCAUGCUGUGCCGGUUCGCGUAUCUUCGUUCAGUCUGGGAUCUACGACGAGUUCCUCAAGAAGUUCACUGCGAAAGCGGCGUCGAUCAAGCUCGGCGAUCCGUUCGCUCACGACUCGUACCAAGGUCCUCAGGUUUCUCAACAACAGUACGACCGCAUCAUGUCCUACAUCGACUCCGGCAAAUCCGAAGGCGCCACCGUGCACCUCGGCGGCGCUCGUCACGGCGAAGAAGGCUACUGGAUCGAACCCACCAUCUUCACCGACACCAAGCCGAACAUGAAGAUCGUGCAAGAAGAGAUCUUCGGGCCCGUCGGUGUCGUGAUCAAGUUCGAGGACGAGGAUGACGUGUUGAAGCAGGCUAAUGAUACGAUGUAUGGGUUGGCCGCGGCGGUGUUCACGCAGGAUAUUUCGAGGGGGUUGGAUGUGGCGCAUAGGUUGAAGGCGGGGACGGCGUGGAUUAAUUGUGCGAACCAGUUGCAUGCGAAUAUUCCGUUUGGUGGAUUUAAGCAGUCUGGUAUUGGACGUGAGCUUGGGGAGUAUGCGAUCCAGCACUACACCUCCGUCAAAGCCGUGCACGUCAACGUCGGCAAGGUCCGCAUCUGA